GUUACGCGUGCUUCUCCACCGAGCUGAGGAUGGUACAAUGCUCAAAACAUCGUGGACGCUGCCUGACGGAAACAGUACACUCAUCUACAGAUUCUUCUAAUUUUGCCCGCAUCAUGCCUUACGUUGCAAAACUACUGUUGUUGAUAUUUUGUCUGCUUACUGUCGUUGACUGCGAGAAGCAGAAAAGCAGAAAACGGAGGUGGUCAGCAAACCUGGAAACCCAUAAGCAUGGAACGCCAUUAUCCAAAAAGGUUGUCGAUGGAACCAAGACACGCAAGGUGAAAACCAACCAUUUGCUGCGUGUGGAAGACCACGACUUUACCAUGAGGCCAGCAUUUGCAGGACCAGCCAUUCCUGUGGGCGUGGACGUCCAGGUGGAGAGCUUAGACAGCAUCUCAGAAGUGGACAUGGACUUCACCAUGACCCUGUACCUGAGGCACUACUGGAAGGACGAGCGGCUCUCUUUCCCCAGCAGCACCAACAAGAGCAUGACCUUCGAUGGCCGCCUGGUGAAGAAGAUCUGGGUGCCCGACGUGUUCUUUGUCCACUCCAAGCGCUCCUUCAUCCAUGAUACCACAACAGACAACAUAAUGAUCAGGGUCUACCCUGAUGGACAAGUUCUCUAUAGUCUCAGGGUGACAGUAACCGCAGCAUGCAACAUGGACUUCAGUCGUUUCCCUCUCGACUCUCAGACCUGCACGCUAGAGUUAGAGAGCUACGCCUACACCGAUGAGGAUCUGAUGCUUUACUGGAAGAGUGGAGAUGAGUCUCUCAGCACAGAUGACAAAAUCUCACUUUCUCAGUUCCUUAUUCAGAAGUUUCACACCACCUCCAGACUGGCUUUCUACAGUAGCACAGGCUGGUACAACCGUCUCUACAUCAACUUCACCCUGCGGCGACACAUCUUCUUCUUCCUCCUGCAGACCUACUUCCCCGCCACGCUCAUGGUCAUGCUGUCCUGGGUCUCCUUCUGGAUCGACCGCCGCGCCGUCCCCGCCAGGGUGUCCUUAGGCAUCACCACCGUUCUCACCAUGUCAACCAUCAUCACCGGGGUGAACGCCUCCAUGCCUCGCGUGUCCUACAUCAAGGCUGUGGACAUCUACCUGUGGGUCAGCUUCGUCUUCGUCUUCCUCUCCGUCCUGGAGUAUGCGGCGGUGAACUAUCUCACCACGGUAAAAGACGGGAAAGAGCGUAAGCUCAGGGAAAAGGCGAGAGAACAGGCUCUGUCCUGCACAUGUGGCAUGUCCCACGCCAGGACCAUGAUGCUGGAUGGCACAUACAGCGAGGCCGACGCCAACAGCCUGGCGGGCUACACCCGCACCCCUGUUGCCUCCGCUGCCGAGGAGCCCCCCGAGAAGCAGGAGCGCAUGGUGGUUCAUCUCUCCCUUGACAACGAGUCGAUGGGCACCAAGAAGAAAGGCCUCCGGGGCCUCCGCAUCAUCCAGAACACCCAUGCCAUUGACACCUACUCUCGCAUGAUCUUCCCUGGCGCUUACAUCUUCUUCAACCUCAUAUACUGGGCUGUGUACUGGUGAGCUGCCCCAUGGCUGACGACACCAGUAUAGACCUAAAAACAAUUAUGCUUCUGCUUUUUGAAGUAAAAUGAAUGAAGUGGAAAAAAAAAAAAUCCCAGCAAUACCCAUCUGGGAAAAAAGUAAAUCAAGAAAGUCUCAUGUUGUUCAGCUGGAAAUGCUACUGGGCUCUCAAAGAACUGGAUGUAAUUUCUCUGAGAACAUUUCUGUGAAAACCUCCGAGAUGGCAGUAGGAGGUUUCACUUCUCAGAUGUCAUAUUGUUCACCAUGAAGACUGAUGCAACCCGAGGAGACUUUCCCAAAGCUCUGAUCUACCCACCACAUUUAUAUUUGGGUUAGAUGGCACGCUCUGCUGAGUGGGAUUUAAAUCAACUUACUUUGGCUUGGCUCACUCCCCUAUUUGUAUGAAUUACUGGUGUCAUGCCACCACAUUGGCAGAGAUAUCUGUUCAGAUUCUAGUUUGGUCAGUUUUGUGCUUUCUGCAUAUUUGGUGCUGAUCUCCUAGCUAGCCAUUUUUGCUUACCAUGGCAUUCCAAAACCACUACAUUUACCUCUAUUCAAGAGAACCAGCAUCCAGUGCAUAAGGUGAACCAGAUUUGCAGGUCCUUAUGAAAAGGAUUAGAAUGCUUAUACAGUCACAGCUUGGUUUUGCCAGUUACAUUAAGUACAGUGCAUAUGUUAGUAGAUGUAUUCCUAUUAUUUGUUAUGGUGGAACACUUUAAAGGUGGCCAGUAUCCCUCAUGAGAAGUGCAUCUAAUCUUAGAAUAUGUCUGAUGGUUAGAUUUUGUUUACAUUUAUUCAUUUUUGGAGUAAAAGCAAACUGAUUCUAACCAUUGUACCUUAAUUUCUUGGAAAUGCUGUACAGGGCUCUGUGUAUCAUGGAGUGUUUAGGUGCUGUCUGUCAGAAGUGGGUUAUAUGUUGUCUCACAUGGGGUGACAUUUUACUUGACGUAUGUUUUCUGACACUUUUCAGGCCUUCUGAUAUAUGCCUCCAAGAUUUCAUUAUCUGCACAAUAUGCAUUUGUGAUUGGUCAUAACUCCUUCAGUAUUCCUUCAGUAGCAUUGUGGUCAUGUUGUCAGAGUGUUAUAAGGAAGAAAUGCUUUACUUUUUUGACCUUCAUCACUUUAAAUAAUCUUACAUUAAAUAAUAAAUACUUAUAUUAAAUAAAUCCUGAAAUAUUUAAAUAUAGGUAUUAAAUCAUAUUAUGUAAGUUACAACCAAAACAGGAAGUAUUAUCUCUACUUCUUUCGACUGAAAUGACUAAAAAUAGAAAAACUGAAAGUCCAUACAUAGACAAAACAGAUUGAUUGGCAGGAUAGUCAAAAAAAGUAUUCCUUCAUAUUUCUUAGUUCUUUUUUUUUUUUUUUAAGUAGUCUUCCUAGAGCAAUGCAUCUACCCAGAAGUGUUGUACCACUUAUAUUGUUAAAUAAUGUGUUCGGAAUGUAUUUGUCAAUUUAUUCUCUUUCAUAUGUUUAUGUGAGAUUUACUCACUGAUUUGAUGAACUUGGGCAGCCUUAACAGUCAGUUGUCUGUGAGGAUUGCCUACAGUUUACAACCCAGCUGGUUGACCUUCUUAGAUGGGUUUUGGAAAUUUGCCUUGACUUACUUGGGUUUAUUUGGUUCAAUAGAGGAUCCUCUUGAGUACAAGUUACUAAUAUAAAUAAGAAAGUUGUCUUCUAGUAACUAUUUGAGCAGUCUCACUUAUCUUGAUUUUACAUACACUGAUUUGUUUUAGUCAAUUUUAUGUAGUUUAUUUAUUGAUUGGUUGAUUUUUGCUUGUACUCAAGCGACUGUCUGUUAGACACACUCGUCAGCUCAGUCUCAGAAUGCAGGUCUCCUAUAGGACAUCUGGACAAAAGGUGUCCAUUCAGAUCAGUGAAGGCAUUUUGCUGCUUUAACCAAUCAUGUGUAGAGCUUCUCUUCUGCCAGGAUUCCAGCAUGCUCUCUGAACCAAAAGCACACCCCACCAUGCUACUCCAUGCAUUGGGAGGCUGACAACAGCACCACAUCUACAUAAAGAUGAAUGAAUGUAUACUACUUCUUUAUCUGCAGACAUUCCAAAAUAAUUAAUAGGCCUAAAUGUUUGGAAAUUAAAUGCAUGAAGAUCUUUUGUGAGCUUAUGUCCAUGAUAGUUCUGUAACUAUCUGUUUGUU